UGAGGCGAUAUCCUUGACCGACAUCAAAGUUCAAGCCCCAGACUGGAGGACACCCAGGAACGCAGCGAAACGUCUCGUUCAGCUGGAAAUAAACGAUAAUGGCACAAAUUCUCAGCGGCAAGGAGGUGUCAGAAGACAUACGAAAUGGACUCAAGAAAGAGAUAGAAGAACUACAACAGAAAUAUACUGGAUUUCUACCUGGUUUAGCCAUUUUGCAGGUUGGAGGCAGAGAAGAUUCCACUGUAUACAUUGGCCAGAAAGUAAAGAAUGCUGCUCUUGUAGGGGUCAAGGCUGAACACAUCAAGCUUCCACGAAGUUCUACCCAGGAACAGGUGCUACAAGCUGUCGAUAAGCUCAACAAUAACCCAUCAAUUCAUGGUGUCAUUGUCCAGUUACCACUGGACUCAGAGAAUGAUAUAGACGCCCAUCAGGUGACCAACACUAUACUGGAGUGUAAGGAUGUAGAUGGGUUGCACCAGGUAAACGCAGGAAAGCUUGCCCGCGGUAACCUUGAUGGCUGUAUACUGCCUUGUACGCCGCGGGGAUGUCUGGAACUUAUCAAGCGUUCAGGUCAGAGUAUUGAGGGUAAGACGGCUGUGGUCCUGGGCCGGAGUAUGAUCGUGGGGUCUCCCAUGUCCAACCUCCUCACCUGGAAUCAUGCAACUGUUACUGUGUGCCACUCAAAGACAAAAGACCUACCAAAUAUUGUCAAAUCAGCAGACAUUUUGGUGGUUGCUGUCGGAAAGACUGAGUUUGUAAAAGGUGACUGGAUAAAACCAGGAGCCAUUGUGAUAGACUGUGGCAUCAACUCAGUGCCUGAUGAAACCAAGAAGUCUGGGAAACGCCUGGUCGGUGAUGUCGAGUUUGCCACAGCUAAGGAAGUGGCAGGAUGGAUAUCUCCUGUCCCUGGCGGAGUGGGACCCAUGACUGUCGCCAUGUCGCUCAAGAACACUGUUGACCAGGCCAGAAAAGCUUGGGAGAAGGCUGAGAAUGCCAGGAAAUGGUCCCUUUCGCUCAAUCCACUGACGCUAAAGAGACCUGUCCCCAGUGAUAUAGAGGUGGCUCAGUCCCAGACUCCAAAGAACAUCGAAACAAUCGCACGGGAGAUAAACCUUCUGUCAGAUGAGGUGGAUCUGUACGGCAAGAAGAAAGCCAAAGUUUCACUACAAGUUCUUAAUCGGCUUAAGGACCAGAAAGACGGCAGAUAUGUGGUAGUAACUGGUAUUACUCCGACACCACUUGGAGAGGGCAAGAGUACCACUACCAUUGGCCUGGCUCAGGCCAUCGGCUCACAGCUGAAGAAAAAUGUGUUUGCUUGUGUCAGGCAACCCUCACAGGGACCCACAUUUGGAAUCAAAGGUGGCGCUGCCGGAGGGGGAUAUUCCCAAGUGAUUCCCAUGGAGGAGUUCAAUCUCCAUUUAACUGGUGACAUUCAUGCCAUCACCGCUGCCAACAACUUACUUGCUGCCCAGAUCGAGGCCAGAAUGUUCCAUGAGAGUACUCAGAAGGACGAAGCCCUGUAUAAUCGCCUUGUCCCAAAUAACAAAGGAAAACGUGCCUUUUCUAAGAUCCAGCUUGGUCGACUUAAGCGACUUGGAAUUGACAAGACUGACCCAGAUAGUUUGACCCCGGAGGAAAUCACCAAGUUCUCCCGACUUAACAUUGAUCCGUCCACCAUUACCUGGCAACGAGUACUGGACACAAAUGACCGCUUCCUGAGAAAGAUCACCGUCGGUCAAGGACCGAACGAGAAGGGCCACACACGAGAAUGUCAGUUUGAUAUUGCUGUGGCGAGUGAAAUCAUGGCCAUUUUAGCUCUAACUACAAGUCUACUUGACAUGAGAGAGAGGCUCGGCCACAUGGUGGUGUCCAGCGACACUGAGGGUAAUCCAGUCAGCGCUGAUGACCUGGGUGUGAGUGGGGCACUGGCAGUACUGAUGAAGGAUGCCAUACGUCCUAACUUGAUGCAGACACUUGAGGGAACACCAGUAUUCGUCCAUGCUGGGCCAUUUGCAAAUAUUGCCCAUGGUAACUCCUCCAUAUUGGCUGAUAAGAUUGGCCUAAAACUUGUCGGAGAGGACGGAAUUGUGGUCACCGAGGCUGGAUUUGGAGCAGACAUUGGGAUGGAGAAAUUUUUCAACAUCAAGUGUCGGUAUUCUGGCUUAGUUCCCAAUGCUGUUGUACUGGUAGCAACCGUUCGUGCCCUAAAGAUGCACGGAGGAGGCCCCACAGUGACAGCUGGGGUACCCCUCCCCAAGGCCUAUAUAGAGGAGAAUUUGGAACUUUUACAAGCAGGUUGUCUUAAUUUAGGAAAACAAAUAGAAAAUGCAAACAAGUUUGGAAUUCCUGUUGUAGUAGCCAUCAACUCUUUUGUGACCGACACACCAGCUGAGGUUGCGUUAGUCCAGAAGUUUGCUCGUGAUAAUGGUGCCUUUGACGCGGUCAUUUGUAGUCACUGGGCGGAUGGUGGCGCCGGAGCCGCAGACUUGGCUGCAGCAGUCGACAAGGCAACAAGGGAACCAAGCAAUUUUAAAUUCCUGUAUGAUGUUAAGUUGUCUAUUGAAGAGAAGAUAGAAAUCAUUACCAAGGAGAUAUAUGGUGCAGACGGUAUCGAUAUCCUACCUGCUGCUCAGGAACAGAUUGACCGUUAUAAGAGACAGGGAUUCAACGACCUGCCAAUUUGUAUGGCCAAGACUCACUUGUCACUGUCACAUGACCCAAGUAAGAAGGGGGCCCCCAAAGGGUUCACUGUACCAAUAAGGGAGGUUCGAGCAAGUAUAGGAGCUGGGUUCAUCUUCCCUCUUCUUGGAGCUAUGAGCACCAUGCCCGGACUCCCCACACGUCCUUGUUUCUAUGACAUCGAUAUUGACCCUGAUACAGAGGAAAUUCUUGGACUUUCCUAGUUAAGUGGUCUCUAGCCUUAAAGACUGGACAAGCUUACUAUGACAAAUGAAGAAACUGACAUAUUGAUAUCAUCGGAGGCAGGAAAGUAAAGAACUAUCAUUCAUCGGAUACAUUUGUACUUGGAAUAUAUCUGGAUACAGAAUGAUAAUUUUUGUCCGCUUGGUCAUUUUUGUGUUGGAAUUAUUGAUGUUUAAAAUAUUAGCAUUUACUUUGAAGUGAAUUCAGGACAGUUGGCAUUGAACCCAUGAGUUUUCAAUUUAAUGUAAUUCAGAUGAGCCAGGUUCCACCUGUUUGAAUAAUUAACAAUGACAAGUGUAAAAUUAAGUAUGGCGCGUCGGGUUAUCUCUCAGGGAAACAUUUUCCUUAAGUUGUGUAUGGUUAUACGUAAUACUACAGCUGAUGAUUAAUAUUUAUUUUGUGUUAUGUUUAAGGGAGAGGUAUGUAAUCAUGUCUAAUGCUGUAUAAGCAGAAAUUAAUUCAUUUCACAUUCUGUGAUUUUCAGCCAGAAACAAAAUGUUUUGCUUGUUGUUAAUUAUCGUUUAAUUCAGUAUUAUUACAUUAAUAUGCAUAAUCAUGCAAUUGUUAUUAAAUAAAAUUGCAUCAAAUUAA